AAAAAGUAUUGCUGUGGCCAACAAUUAACGCGAACAACCUUUUAAAUACGUUAAGAAUAAAACAACAACAAUAACGACAAUACAAUUAAUAUUUAAGAUAACUCAACGCGUUCACAGAUAUUACUGAAACAAAAAAAAAUCUAAAAAUUCAAUGUCUCAAAAUUAUUUAAGUUUAAAAGGAAACAACCAAAAAUUAUUUACAUGUUGUGUUUAAAAAGUUAAAUAAAUAUUGAAUAGUUCUCCUUAAAUUCUAACAAAAUAAAAUAAAAAAUAAAUAAAAAUUAAUAAAAAAAAUUUAAAUCCAAAACCUCCAAAAGCUAUGGCAAAUAUAUAUUUUCAAAUCUUUACAAAAGUUUUAUUAAUAACCUUGGUACUGAUUGUCACACAAAUUAAUACAACUGCGUCAGCCAGCACAGACGAAGAAGAGUGCCCAUCGCUUGAAAAUGCCGCAUCAUUACAGCAAUCUCAAUUAAUUCAAAGACUAACACAUGUAUGCAGAUACGAUCGUCUGGAAAGACCCAUACAAUAUAAUACGGGGAGCGGAGAACGUCUGCCGAUUAGUGUAAAGGCUCGAAUUUAUAUUUACUACAUGCAGAAUCUAAACUCAGAUUUGUUGCAGUUCAAAAUGCAUGCCCUCUUGCAGCUAAGAUUUCUCGAUGAGCGUCUAGCUUACACGAAUUAUGCACCGAAUCGUAAGGAAAAUAUUUUGGGUCAAAAACAUUUAAGUGAACGUCUAUGGCUGCCACAUAUAUUCUUUGCCAACGAACGUGAAUCUAGUAUUUUGGGUACAGACGAAAAAGAUGUUCUAACAUCGAUAUCUCCCGAAGGUCAAGUGAUUAUUUCUACACGUUUGCAGGCGACUCUAUAUUGCUGGAUGAACUUUAAGAAAUUUCCAUUUGAUGAACAGUACUGUUCGACGGUGCUCGAAAGUUGGAUGUAUAAUACCACAGAAUUGGUAUUAGAGUGGGAAGAAAAAACACCCAUAUCCUUUGAUCCUGAUAUGCGUCUAACCGAAUAUAAUAUGCAACACUAUUGGUACAAUGAAACAGUGGUUGUUUCCAAUGAAGUGCAUUUUAGACAUGGUGCUUUCAUUGGCAAUUACAGUUCGUUGAGUUUCACUGUAAAUCUUAAUCGUGAAAUUGGCUUUUAUCUUAUGGACUACUUUUUACCCUCAAUGAUGAUAGUGGCCAUUUCUUGGGUUUCAUUUUGGUUACAAGCCGAUGCCUCACCGCCUCGCAUUAUGUUGGGCACCAGUACUAUGUUAUCAUUCAUUACAUUAUCGUCCUCACAAAGUAAAACUUUACCCAAGGUCAGCUAUAUUAAGGUGUCCGAAGUCUGGUUUCUUGGCUGUACUUUCUUCAUAUUUGGCAGCCUGGUAGAGUUUGCCUUUGUGAAUACCAUCUGGCGACGUAAAGAAAAUAUUGAACUGAAAAAAGUCAAUAGUAAAUACAUUUUAAAGUCUACGCUUACACCGCGUCCUGCCCGUCGUGAACUUGGCCUUAACAAUCAAUCGCGUACCAGAUCUUGUUCCAGUUUAGAUAAUAUUGUCUCCAGUACGGAGAGUGUAAUGAAUGGCAACGUUAAUCCGGGCUUUAAUAAUUACUUAACGGUACAUAAUCUACCAAUAAUAACCACACAAAGUCCCGAUACCGUAUCAAUUUCCAGUAAUCAAAAUAGUGCCGAUCAUGUUAUAAACUUGGAUAAUAAAGAUGCUAAUAAUAAAAAUGGCGAAAGUGCGACCUUCACAUCCAUGACACCACAGGAAAUUGCAAUGUGGAUUGAUCGACGAUCAAGAUUUCUAUUCCCUGUAAUGUUUCUUGCCUUCAAUGCUUUGUAUUGGACAUUUGUAUAUUGUUUUUAAAUGUUAUUGUACAUUUCAUACGAAUUCUACCUAUAAGUAUUUUGUUUUUUUCUUAUAUUAAGUAUAAUUACCUUGUAUUCCGCUUAAUUGAGAAAAUAUUCCUAAAAAAAUACCAA